AUGAAACCAAAUUUCUCUGACGUUAAUAUUCAAUAUAGUAGUGAUCAUGAUGAUUCGAAUAAUCAUACCAUUGUUUCAUCAUCUUUGGAGCAAUUACUUGAAUUGUUGAAAUGUAAAUUUAGGAAUCAACAAUUUUACAAAAUGAAAUAUUUAACCAAUCGAUGGGAAUUUUCUAAAAAUGAUGAAUUUACUCCGAUUGAAUUUAUGGGUGAUAAGGAAUUUUAUUGGAUUAAAGUAAUAAUUCAUAAAAAAUAUUCAAUCGCCGAUUCAUUAGAGAAUGUUAAUGGAGAUUCGAAUUUAAUGUUACAAUUUAUUAGAGAGUGUCCUUAUUUACUUGAACAAGCAAGUUAUUCAUUGAGAAAUGAUAGAGAAUUCAUAUUCAAAGCAAUUGAAGUUAAUUAUUUAUCAUAUAAUUAUUCUAUAUUUAAAGAUCCAAUUCUAUUAGAAAGAUAUUUAGAAAUUAAAAAUUCAAAAAUCGACAAAACUCAACCGGAAAUUAAUUAUAAGAAAUGUAAUGAUGAUGAAAUGAUAUUGAAAGCAAUUGAAUCAAAUGCAGUUGUUAUCCAAAAAGCACCUAAAAAAUUUAAAAAGGAAAAAUCAAUGGUUUUAAAAGUUGUUUCCAGAAAUGUAAAAACACUUUCCUAUUUAAGUAAUCAAUUUAAGAAGGAUAGAGAUGUUAUAAUGGAAGCAAUCAAUAAGAAUGCAUAUAAAACUCUUGAAAUUAUUUCACCAUUUGCAUUGAAAUUAAUGGAUGAUAAGGAUUUGAUAUUAAUGGCAAUCAACAGAGGAGAACCUUUUGCUUUAAGAUUUGCUUCUAAAAGAUUGAAAAAUGAUAAACAAGUUGUAAUGGCAGCAAUUCAACAAACAGGGUCAGCUCUUUCUGAGGCAUCAACAGAAUUACAAAAUGAUAGAGAAAUAGCAAUGACAGCUGUCACUAAAACUCCAUAUGCUUAUGAAUGGGUUUCAUCUCAAUUACGUAAGACUGAUAGAGAAUUAGCUUUGAAAGCUGUUCAAGGAGAUGGUUUAAUGAUAAGUUGUGUUGCAAAUACUGAAUUUAAAUUGGAUUUAGAAAUUGCACUAACUGCACUCAGUCUAAGUGGAAGAGCAUUAGUCUUCACUGAAUCUAAAUUGAGAACUAAUGAAGAGUUUAUUCUUGAAGCUAUUAAGAGAAAUGGAUUCGUAUUAAAGUAUGUAGUAGGUUACAUUCCAUCAAAUAGAAUUUCAGAGGAAAUGAUUUUACAAGCAAUUUAUCAAAAUGGAUUUUCACUUAACUAUUCAAUUGAAUUAUUGAGAGCGAGAAUGAAUAAUUGUUAUCCUGAAUUAUAUUUACCAUCAUCAUCACCAACAAUAUUAGGAAAUUAA